AUGCGUUACACCGAUGUCCUCGCCCUUGCCAUGGGCCAAAUGGUUGCCGCUCAGGCAAACACUUUCACCACCAUGCGCUUCGUUAACGGCAACACCACUACCAUGGAGACUGGCACUGCUACUGUGGGUACCGAGACUACCGGCACCGAGACUACCACUGCUGCUACCACCACCGGCGCCGCUGGUGGCAUCGGAAACCCUGCCGGUUUCAACUUCCUCGGCUGCUUCUCUGGCAAUGGCUUCCCUGGCUUCGCUCUUGCUUACAACAGCGAGGACAACGACUCCGAUGAGUGUGCUGAGGCCUGUGCUGGCUCCAACUUCUUCGGUCUCAACGAUGGCAGCUGCUACUGUGGCUCCGAGCUCGACCUUGAGCUUACCCAAUCUGUCGGCACCGAUCUCUGUGACAUCAUCUGCCCUGGCGAUGACUCUGAGAACUGUGGUGGUAUGAUCACUGGCUCUCGCAUCAUGCGUCGCCAGAGCGUUGACAUCAACAUCCUUCUCUCCAUCUACGUCGCCAUCGGUGUCAACCCCGGUGCCACCGACACUGUCAUCAACACCGACAUCGUGACCCAGACCCUUGAUGCUUCCACCACCACCGCUACCGUGACCUUCACUGAGAGCGGUGUUAUUGCUACCAAGACCGUUAUCGCUCUCCUGCCCGUCGUUCCUACUGACGUUAUCAUCAUCUGCUACGGUAACUACUGUGCUCCCCAGGUCCACUGCCCUACCUGCACCAAGUGGCAAGUCGUUUGCGAGGAUGACCUCUGUGCUCCUCGUGAGUGUUACGAUGAUACCUGGAACAAGAUCAAGAUUUGCAAGAACGGAAGCUGCUACUACUCUGACUACGAGGAGCACGACCUCAACCAGCGAAUCAUCUGCCACGGCUCCAGCUGUGUCCGUGAGACUUCUGAGGAGUAUGCCCGCAAGCUUGUCUGCGACGUUGACGAGGACCGCUACUACUUCGACACCUGCAAGGACGACUGCUACACCUACGAGAAGUGCUCCAACGGAGAGUGCGAGCCCGUUCACCCUCCCGUCGACCUUCCCAAGCCUGUCAGCCCUCCUAAGCCCGUCCACUCUGGCAAGCCUCCUGUCGUUGUUGUCCCUGAGCCCAAGCCUGAGCACCCCACCAAGCCCAACAUGCCCGAGCACCCUGAGACUCCUUCCAAGCCUGUCAAGUCUGGUGUCCCUGCUAAGCCUGAGCACCCCAACAUGCCCGAGCACCCCGAGGCCCCCGCCAAACCCGAGCAGCCUGCCGCUAAGCCUCAACAGCCUGAGCACCCUGAGGCUCCUGCUAAGCCCGAGCACCCUGAGGCUCCCGCUAAGGAGGUUCCCGUUGUGACCGCUGGCGCUGCCAAGUCCUUCGCUGGUCUGGCUGCUGCCAUGGCCGGUUUCGCUUUCGUCCUGUAG